AUGCUGCCGCUGCUCUACCUGGCCUUUUGGGAGAUGGACGCCCGCUCGCUCCAGCGGGCCCUGUGGUCGCUGCUGGCCACCGACUGCGCCCGGCGGCUCGCGACGGAGCUGGCGGUGCCGCUGCUGCUGGCCGGCGGUAGGUCCCUGCUGUCGGCAGCCACGCGCCGGCGCCCGCCCGCCCCGUCGGGCCUCCAGGAGCCGCUCCUGCCGGCCGCGCGCGCGGGCUCGGCGCAGCAGCGCGUCUGGCAGGAGCUGCUGCUGGAGAGGUACAACGCCUACGACGACUACUCGGAGAUGAUGGUCGAGUUUGCGGUCGUCUCCCUCUUCGCCGCGGUCUGCCCCGUCGCCGCGGCGCUGUCGCUGGCCUGCAAUCCCUGGCCGAUGUGGUCCGACCGCGCCAAGCUGCGCCGCGUCUGCCGGCGGCCGACUCCUGCCGCCGCGUCCGGCAUCGGAGUGUGGAUCUACGUGCUCGAGUUCACGGUGCUUCUGUCCGUGUUGUCGAAUUGCGCCCUGUUCGGCUUCUGCACGGACCAGCUUGGCACGGUCUUCCCCGCGCUAAGCAAGGAGCACACGAAGAGCGGGGCCCCCCGCGGCUUCACCGUGCGCAAGGCAGGCGUGUUCGCCGUGUUCGGCGUGGAGCACGCGCUCCUGCUGCUGUGGGCCCUGGCCAGGCUGCUGCCCAUGGUUCCCACGUGGGUGGCGACCGCGCAGGAGCGGCGGCGCUUCCUGAGGUGUUGGCUGGAAGUUUCGCAGGACUCCAUCCGAGGCGACAAGCAGGCAGCGAUGGAGUCCGCCGCAGACUUCGACGUCACGGCGCUCGCCUUCGCGCGGUGGGCCAGCGAGUUCCGGGCGAGGCUCAUGGCGGCGGAGCGCCAGGCGUGGGGCGAGAUGGGCGCCGCCCGCGCCUCGCUGGCGGCGGGCCGGGCCGACCUGGCGGAGCUGCGAGAGCAGACCGCGGACGCGCGGCGGCAGGUGCGCAGCGGUGCGGACGAUUUUCGUGAGGAGCUCAGCGGGCUGUUCGCCAAGAUCACGGAGGCCGUGAGGAGCAACGCCUCGGCCGACCAGGACCUGAGGCUGCAGAUACAGUCGCUGCGGGAGCAGUCCCUGCGCAACGACGCCGCCUUCGCGCAGCUGGCGGACAGCGCGGGCCGCUCGCAGGCCGCGCUGCGCGACUCGGUGCAGGAGCUGCAGGCAGGGGCCGCUCGCGCCCGGGAGGAGCUGCGGUCCCUCGGCCUCCGCGCGCAGGCCCUGGAGGGGGCCGCCGGCGAGCGCGCCGAGAGAGCCGAGGCCUGCGCCGAGCAGCUGGCGCGGGAGGUCCGGGCGCAGACGGAGCGGCGGCGGGAGGAGCUCCGGCGGUCGGCGGGCGAGGUGGUCGCCGCGGGCGAGUCACUCACAGUGCUCGUGGCGGCGGCGCUGGCCUGUGAGCCGCUCGCGGCCUUCGCGGAGCUCGGAGCGCGUGGCUGGAGCGCUGGCGACCAGAACGCGGGCGGCCGAGCUCCCGACUUCACUGAGGUGCUUAGAAGGGUGGAAGCGGGAAUAAGGUGUUGCGUGGAGACAGAGCGGGUCACCAGGCGUACGGUUUGGAUUGGUUGGGGCGUUGCCGCCGCCGAGCAGGCCAACGCUGUGACGCCAACGACGCCGUUCGAGUGGAGCUUCCUGUGGAGCCAGCCAGGAGCCGAGUCCGUGCCGAAGACCCCCGGGCUGGCGGCGGAGCGCGUGGCGGAGAUCGCUGCCCCGCUCCGCGGCGCUGCCGCCGCCCGCUCCUGGGUGACAGGAAGCCUUGCACAGGCGUGCGAGAUGAUUGAGAUCCUGGGCCAGGGCGAGGCACAGAGGAUCGAAUGGGCUGGCGACGAGAUGGGUCCCAAGGCGCUGCAGCUCGUGCAGCCGCCGCCGCAGCGACCGGCGAUGGCGCAGUGCAAGCACUGUGGCGAGUCCAAGUCGGAGGUCGCCUCCAGGCCGCUCGCCAUCCUCGGCGGCGCCACGCCUCAGGCGCCAGUGAGGACCUUGCGAGAGCGCUCGGCCACCCCAGGCGAGCUCAAGCAGCUCACCGAGCGAGCUGGCGACAACGAAGCAGCCCGACGAUGCAAGGAGCAGCUGCGACGGACGCAGGAAAGCAGCGUGUUCCCGCCAGUGCAGGUGCGAGCCGCCGCCUUGCACGCCAAGAUCCAGCAGUUCGAGAGGUCCUUGGAGCAGGAGCUGGACAAGGUGGGCCGCAUCAGCGCUCAGGCGGCGCUACAACGCCACGCAGUCCAUGAGGUCCGGCUCUCCUUGGAGGAGGCGGGCAUGCAGUACCGAGUUUUGGUGGCAGGGCUGUCGCAGAAAGGUGGGGUCCCGCUGGCUAAAGGCGGGCCUGCAAAUAUUCCGAUCUCUAAGGUCGUGGACGGGGCGGCAGAGGCAGCCGAGCCCUUCGGCCUCGACGAGUUCUUCAACGUGGACCAGGCCCUCGCCAAUUGUAAGCGUAGCAAGGCCCGUUUCAACAUUGAGACGGCUAAUGCCACGUCGCGGAAGUCAGCCAAGCGAUAUCUGGAGAAAGAGACGGACGCGAGCCUGGUGAUGCUCCAGGAGAUCGCUAUUGAAGCUAAGUGCCGCAGGGGGCACGAAGCUGCGGCCGACAAGAUGAAUUGGAACCUGUGCCUCCGCCCCAUCGGAGAUUGGAAUGUGGAGCCGAAGGAGUUUCACGCCUUCGGCUGGUCGCGGAAGAUUGGCGUGAUCGCUGCGCCCCAGCAGCUCCACCGCAUCAAGGCCAAGUCAGACUCCUGGGGCUCCACAGAGACUCAUGACCUCAUCAAACACAUUAUUGCUGGUCCUGGGCACCGUCGGAAGCAUCCUGAUUGGCGGAGCUGGGAGCCCGUCUUGUCCAGCGACUUUCUGCGCGGCUCCGGGUCGGGAUUGCAGUCCCGGCAGCGCGAAGCAGAUGUCAUCGGCGAGCUCGACCAUCUGAUCAGGAUGCAGGAGAGCGAUGGCCAAGUUAUUUGUCCACCUGUUGCCUCGGCUGGCGACAUCCGGCGUCCGGCAGGCUACGCCUUCGUUUCCGCCAAUCUCGAGCAGCUAGGUGGAUUGUGGCGCUCCAGCAGCUUUGGGCUCCAGAGUUGCAUCCCAAGACCUGCUUUGCACAGUUUCGAGACAUUCGUGACCGAGGGUGGCAGCGUGUACAAGGGCCCGCAGGCCUGGACGGCUUUCGGGCUGCCACUGUUGGCCAGUGAGCACUUCAGAGAGCCUCAGGCGCUGGGCUUCCUCUUCGACCCCGCUGUUAGCACCCUGCGGCUCGAUGGCAUCCGCGUGACGGGUGCUAACGUCAUUGAGGCCGACUACGUCGCCGAGGGGACGAUCAAGCUGCCUUGGCGCCCACGGAUAGACCCGUGGGCGGGCCACCUGGUGUACACCCUGGACGACAGCGGCCUCAUAGCGCAGCAGCAGGAGGCUCGCCCUUGGGCCAGGCUGCAGGGGCAGCCAGCCAUGGGCGACAGGUGCGAGGAGAAGAAGGUGAAGCUCCCGAUCCUACAGCAGGUUCGGUUCGAGCUGCCGGUCACGGACGUCGUGGAGUACGAGAUCCCCGAGUAUUGCCAUUUCAUGAAGAGGACACCUGGAACAUCACCCGCUUCGACGCCAUACGGCAGACGUUCACGCCUCGCUGAAGUGGACUUCGGCUGUCGGCCGCCAGUGACCGCCGCCCGCGCGGGGCGGGAGUGGGCUCCCCCGUGGCGCGCGCGGGCGCGCGAGAGCGCCGUGCGCAGAAGCAGCGGGCGCCUCUCCUCUUUCGCCGGCGCGGCCGGAAGGUAGACGGUGGUCAAAAGCGAGGCAGGUUUGUUUUCCCCCGAACAACGCCGAUCCUGGCCCAGCCCAUCCUCGGCUGCGGACCAGCGCGGCCAGCCACGGGGCGUCGGUCCGGUGGCGUCCCUCGGUUGCCUCUCCCGCAGGCGUCGCGGUGGCCUCGGGAGAGUCUUUUGCGUCUGCUCGGACGGCCUCGGGUCUUCGGCCGCGAGUGUGCGCAGUGACCUCUUCCCCGCGCUGCCAUCCCUUGGCGAUCCCCUC